UCGCGUGUUGACGCGAUGACGCAAUUGGCGCCGUUUGCUCUGCUCCUCUCGCUCGCGGAUCCCGGCUACCUGGUAACGGAGAGGGCGGACGGCAAUUUGGUUACUGAGAGGGAGAGGCGGCAGUCUCAGAGCUCCUGAAGCCACUUGGAUUGCUCAUCUUUCGCUAGCGUUGGGCGAUGGGCUCGGUUUUGGGGGUGUGCUCCCUGGCCAGCUUGGUGCCAUGUCUGUGCAGCAGUGCUCCUUGUUUGCUGUGCACCUGCUGCCCCAACAGCAGGAAUUCCACAGUGACCAGAUUAAUCUAUGCAUUCAUUCUACUUGUGGGCACUCUUGUGGCUUGUGUUAUGCUGGUACCUGGAAUGGAAACACAGUUGAAAAAGAUUCCAGGAUUCUGUGAAGAUGGCUUUGGUACCCAAAUUCCAACUGUUCAUGGGUCCGUGAACUGUGAUGUGUUAGUUAGCUACAAGUCAGUUUACCGUAUCUGCUUUGGAUUGGCUGUCUUCUUCUUUCUUUUCGCUCUGCUUUUAAUCAAUGUAAAAUCCAGCAGGGACCCCAGAGCUUCAAUUCAUAAUGGCUUCUGGUUCUUCAAAAUAGCUGCCAUCAUAGCUAUUACAGUAGGAGCCUUUUACAUCCCUGAAGGACCUUUUACAAGAGCCUUGUUUGCCAUUGGUACAUUUGGCGCAUUCUGUUUCAUACUAAUCCAGUUGGUUUUGUUGGUUGAUUUUGCUCAUUCAUGGAACGAGUCAUGGGUAGGAAAGAUGGAGGACGGAAAUUCAAAAUGCUGGUAUGCAGCCUUGAUCUCCAUCACCAGCCUGAAUUACAUCUUGUCUUUCAUAGCAAUUGUGCUUUUCUAUGUGUUUUACACCAAACCUGAAGGAUGUGUUGAGAACAAGUUCUUCAUUAGUUUCAACAUGAUUCUUUGCAUUGUUGUUUCCAUAACUUCUAUUCUUCCGAAAGUACAGGAAGUGCAACCUCGGUCUGGUCUUCUUCAAUCUUCAAUCAUCACACUGUAUACUAUGUAUCUCACAUGGUCUGCAAUGUCUAAUGAACCCGACCGACAAUGCAAUCCUAGCCUUUUGAACCUUAUUAAACAGUUGGCGGCACCUACCUUGAGUCCAGCCAAUGGGAGUGAACUUUUAGUAAAUGAAACAUCUUCGCCUCCAAUCUCAGUGCAGUGGUGGGAUGCACAGAGUAUUAUUGGACUCACCCUCUUCAUUCUUUGUCUACUAUAUUCAAGCAUUCGUUCCUCGAACAACAGUCAGGUGAAUAAACUAAUACUCUCAGGCAGUGAGACUGUCAUGUUGGAUGACUCCUUGGCUGGAGAUGCUGUUGGCAUUGAAGGGGGAGAUGGAGUACGAAGAGUCCACGAUAAUGAGCAGGAUGCAGUCCAGUAUAACUAUUCAUUCUUCCAUUUCAUGCUUUUUCUGGCUUCACUGUACAUUAUGAUGACGCUUACAAACUGGUACAGCCCUGAUGCUGAUUUCAAAACAAUGACAAGCAAAUGGCCGUCUGUGUGGGUGAAGAUCACUUCAAGCUGGGUCUGCCUUCUGUUGUAUAUCUGGACAUUGGUGGCCCCUCUUAUUCUCACUAAUCGUGACUUUGACUAGAGUACUGCAUUCUUGUUUGACCACGAUUGCCGAAUUAAACAAAGUCCAUCUAACCUGAAACCAAAUGGUAUAGCUAUUGAUUUUUUUUUUAAAAAGCAUUGCAUACCGCAAAACAUUUAUUGGGCCUAUUGCACUGAAUCAUUGCAUAAAACAAAAAAUAAUGUUUUUAGCCUUAAUAUUAUCAUCUCCAGAUAAACAUGCACUUUGUUGCAUCCUUUUGAAAUUGAAAGGCUAUAAGGAUGGGGAGGUUGCGGGGGUGGGAGGGUGGUCAAUUUUAAAACUCUUAAUUUAGGUUGUUGUGGGUUGUAAGGCAGUUUUAAUGGAAGCUCUUUACAGUUUCCCAAAGCAUUUAUUGCUGCUUUUCAGAGGCUUGCUGUUAUGUUCUAUGUGUUUAUGCUCCAGUUGCUUUUUAAAAUUGAAGAUUUUAAUAAGAUAUCGUGAAAAAUUGUGCACCUUUUUGUGCAUGAUAUAAAUCACAUAGGUGUUACAGUUAAUAAACAUGCCAUUAUUCUUCUGUACUUGUAAGAUCAAAACAAAAAAAAUAAGAGUUCAAUAGUGACUUGUACCCAAUAUUUAACUUGUUUUGUAUAUCUAGUAGAAAACAUUAUGGAUAGAAAUAGGCCAACGAGGGAGUGAGCCAAAAUUUUUCAUGCAUGUUGCAAAUGAAGCCUAGUCCAAAUAAUCUUGUCUGUAAAGAGUUUAUAUUAAAAAAGAUAGAAAAGAUGAUUGCUAAACUAUCCUAACCAAACUUGUAUUAAGCAUUUAGCACUAUUAAAGUACUGGAGAAUAA